UUUCUGGACGUUACUCAGUUGUCUAUUGUAGGUAAAACUUAACGGUGUUAUUUAGAAUCAGAAACAUUCAUUCGUUCAUUAUUACAAGAUGAAAAAUAUCACCAUUUUGUUUAUAGCUGCUAUCAUCAUGGAAAUUUCGCUGGUCACACAAGGUCGUCCAGGUCAAGUUGGAGGACAACCGAACGUCGACCAAGAUCCGCCAGCAUAUCCACCACCAUCAGUUUCCGUCGUGAAAUGCAGACACUUUUCCAAAGUAAUAAAGCAUAUGAAGGCAACGGCUGCGGCGUUUAAUGAAGUGAAAAAUUGGUCAAGCCUGAAAGCGGAAAUUCGUGGUUAUAACGUUAACGAAUCGAUAAUCUCGUUGUACAAGAGAGACCCCAAUUCGAUUGGAUCUUUGUGGGACUUUUAUUUGUACAAGAUUUGGCUGGAGAGGGAGAAUAUACACCGCUUGGAAACCGACACUAGCAAACAAACCAAGGUAAAGACUACUCACGGGAACGUUAUUAGAUCACUGGAGAACGACUUGUUGCGAACGUCCGCUUGCCUUAACGAUAACAACAAUUGUUCUUGCGGCAAGUGUAUAAAGCCUGCAAUCAUAAAAUCCAUAGUAAACAGAAACCGUUUUACAUUGUACAGCCAUGUGAAGAUAAUCGAUGCGUUGGAACCCACAACACUCUUCGUGCGAAUUUUGAGCAUUCAGGACACACGAUUGAUGAGUUUCCUUAACGAUAACAUAAAAUGGACCGGCACGAGCCAAGUAUUGGAAAAAUCUUGGCUCGGUAUUUGGUCAGAGUUUGACGUGACCGUAGACCACUAUAAGAAAAUCAAAUCAUACUUCACGUUGCAUAAUCAUUUUUUAAAUAUCAUUAUCACUAAGCUGUAUUGCAGACACUUGCUGUGUAUGGAAAAAAUAUCAGACGAAACGCAGAAAUUGAGUUACGCGACACAACUGACUACCUUACUCGACGACUACAAACACAUGUUAAUAAUCCAAGACGAUCCCAAUGUGAAUUACUUAUCGAAGGCUGUCGAAGAGAUGGCCACUAAAAAUGGAGAUAUAAUCAAAACGACAUCUCAGCUAAAGACAAACAUUGAAUCCAUGUGUUCUGUGCUGGAGUGCUCGGGGAUUGGGCAUAUUACUUUGACAAAAUAUGAUAAUGAGAUCAUUAAUGCACUCAAUACUAAUAAAAAAAUUGAUUUGGCAAACUCUCAGUCUGACGAAAUUGACCCCCUGCAAAACGUGAAAGAUUUUUUGGACCUUCUUCAAGAUUUAUUCAACGGCUUGCGCUUAGAUGUCACGAGGACAUUCCUUUCUCAUAUUGAUCAUAUGUUGUCUGCACCAGAUGAACAGAUUAUGCAAAAUUGACCUUUUCAAACGUUUAAUGUAAUUUGUUUUGUUUUUGGUUGUUCAGUUAUAUUAAAUUAUAUUUAUCCCUUCAGAUCUAGUUGGUAUUAAAAAACUAAUUAAUUCAAAAACUUUUCAUCAAAUAUUAUUAUUUUUAUCAUUAAAUAUAAUAUUAAAAAAAAAUGUAUUGAGUACACCUAAUGUAAUAUAUGGAUUAAAAUUUUUAAAUACCUGAUCAGUAGUUGUUGUUGAUGUAGAUUUUUUCAGAGAUACUUCAGUAAUAACUUGGUGAC